AUGCUCAGCCUCACUGAGGUGAGGCGCAGAUAAUCAUCAGUUCGCUUGCCAGACGGGGAGGGAGGCUCGGUAAAGCGGCUGGCUUGCUCUCUCCCGACCAUGCACAACGGAUCCUGCUGCCCCAUCCAAGGAAACGCCAUCGCCCGAGUUAUGCCCCCCUUGCUGAUUCUGGCCUUCGUGCUCGGAGCUCUGGGCAACGGCCUCGCCCUGUGCGGGUUCUGCUUCCACAUGAAGUCCUGGAAGCCGAGCACCGUCUACUUAUUCAACCUGGCCGUGGCCGACUUCCUCCUCAUGGUCUGCCUCCCUUUCCGGACCGACUACUACCUGAGAAACAGGAGCUGGAACUUUGGGGACAUCUUCUGCAGCGUGGUGCUGUUCAUGCUAGCUAUGAACCGGGCGGGGAGCACUGUCUUUCUCACAGUCGUGGCGGUGGAUCGCUACUUCAGGGUGGUUCGCCCGUACCACGUCCUGAACGCAAUCUCCACCAGGACCGCGGCGGGCAUCGCCUACGCCCUCUGGGCCGUGGUCAUCGCGGUCACGGUGUACCUGCUGAUGGAGUCCCAUCUGUGCGAGCGGGCCAACGCCAGGUCGUGCGAAAGCUUCAUCAUGGAGUCCUCCAAUGGCUGGCACGACAUCAUGUUCCAGCUGGAAUUCUUCCUGCCUCUCGGUGUCAUCUUGUUUUGCACCCUCAACAUCGUCUGGAGCCUGAGGCGGAGGACCCGGCUGGCCCGGCACAGCCGGAUGAAAAAGGCUACCCGGUUCAUAGUGGUGGUGGCCGUCGUCUUCAUCACGUGUUACUUGCCCAGCGUGUCGGCAAGGCUGUACUUUCUUUGGACAGUGCCCUUCAGCGCCUGCGAUGAGGAGGUCCACUUGGCGCUCCACGUUACCCUCAGCUUCACCUACAUGAACAGCAUGCUGGAUCCUCUGGUCUAUUAUUUUUCCAGUCCCUCGUUUCCCAAAUUCUACACAAAGCUCAAAAUCGGAGGCCUCAGAUCCAAGCCCCCAGGAGACUUGAAGGCGCAGAGCAUCAAAGGGAUGCCACAGUUGAAUCUCGGUGGAGAGAACUGCAGAUGUUUGGAGGGAGGCGUCCAGGACACUCCCAGGGGGACUGAAGAGCAUCACAGGUCGAAAAAGAUGAGAGGACAGAUGGAGGGUCUCAAACAAUCUCCAGCCCGUGGUGGGGUUUGA